AUGGUGAGACUUUGGACGGAUCAGCAUCCGAAAGCCUUCGAGGAGGCCCUCAGGAGAGGGGUUUUCUGGGCACCGCCCAGGUACAAUGAGGACGAUUGGCCGGAGGCCUACGCUUAUAUGGCAGAGCAACUGGCGUUGCGGGUGGAGCCCUGCCCAGAAGCAUUGGCCAAAUUGUGGGCAGACACACACCAAGAGAAGCCGGAGACCCGGCCGCCCCUGCCACUUUGGGCCUGGUACCAGGCGCACGGCGCGGAGCGGAAGGAGUUUGUGCCCUUCUACACCCACAAUUGCACCAUCGGCGCGCGGGCUGCGCUGAUCCACUUCGAGCUGCCCGAGGAGAAGCUGCUGGUGUCCCAGUUUCAGAUCUGGCACCAGGUGCUGAACGACUCCUUCCUUACCGUCACGGAGCAAGAGGACGACGAGAUGCGCGCUUUGAGGGACUCGGACCGGGACACCUGGGAGGUCAAGAAGCGCGAGAGUUGGAGUAGAGUUUUCACCAGGAACUGGACCGGUGACAACUAUGCGCUGCAGGGCGAGAAGGAGGCGAUGUAUCAGGCAGUGUUCUGGGAGCUGCCCGUGCACUCCAUCCUCCUCACUCAGCGCUUGGUGGGCUUUGGUGCGGAUGCAUAUCUGAGCCGCGAGAAGGUGCGGUUCGUGGAUUUUGCCACGCCUGUGCAGGAGGAGGUGUUGAGCUUCGACAUCAGCAUCAAGUCCCGGAAGCAGCAUUCCCAUCGGGAGCUGCGCAUCGUUGUGACAGAGCUGAAGCCGGGGGGAGAAGCGGAGCGUGCGGGCGUCGCGGUUGGCUGGUUUGCUUUGGGCGUGGUCAGCGACUGGAAAGCGCCGGACCCCAUGCCAGAGCUUCUUUGGGAGAGGAGUCGUUUUUCCCAGGAGAGCGAUGAGCAGGAUCCUAUGGACUCCCAGAGCGAUGAGCAGGAGGACGAAACAGAGCUGGGCAAGGACGAAACAGAGCUGGGCAAGGACGGCAUGAUCAGCGCAGCAGGUCAGACGGAAGUCUCGACGCUGGCCGCAGCCUUCCGCCGAAUGGUGAACGUGCGCAUGGGCUUUGCCCCGCUGGACGAGGACGAGUCCGACAUUGACGGCGAUUGGGAGGAAACCAAAGCAACGUGA